AACAUUAAGAAUAACUAAUAGGAAGCUCUAAAAUAAGGGGGUGUUUCGACUACGGGAUAAAUUGAAUCCUCCUUUUCGACGUUUCAAAUAACUGCACAAAUUGCUCGUUUAAAAUUUAUUACAUUACACGUAUCACAUUUGACAUCUUAGAGAUUCGUCGAGUUGCGUUAUCUUUUCGCGUACUGGUUCUCGAGUCUAAAUCAAACAGGAGUCACUAGUGCUCAACUAAAUUUUAAGUCAACUUUCGUAAAUAUUCAUGACAUCCGAAGCAGAGCGACCAGCUCGUGGCCUUGCGGCUGCUCGUGGGUAAACAAUCCGCGCGCCAGCUGGGAAAGGGUGAGCUCACCGAUCUCGGCCGACUCUGCCCGAUAGCUGCCGAACGCUUCGACCACUUUUGGCGGGAACUUUAAGCUACGCGAUAGUGCACUGCAAGCAUUCGCGCUUAAUCGAAAACCAACUAUCCGGCGAGGUACGCGGGAGAAAAUCGAUUAGUUGGUAUUAUAGAGGGUAUCGCACAGUGGCAGGAGAUACGAUCGACGAGCGAAGGGAGCGACCGGGAGCGGUGUGCCAUCGAAAAACGGCGGUUGCGUGGACGACACUGCUCGCGAACAGCUGGCGGGACGGAAGCAAGGUGCGCGCGCUCGCUAGCCAAAGUCAGGCAACAACCAGCAUCGGUGAAGCAUCGGUGGGCAUCGGAGGGCAUCGUCACGAAGGCAUCGCGUGGGUCGGUAUAGACGCAGUCGGUCGACACGGCCGAGCUUCGGCGGGACUCGUGUGGACCCGUUUGGACCCGUUGGUAUCCCGCUGCGACGCAACGGAGACGAGAGGCGAGACGACGCGGGAGUCCAAUGCCAGGCUGAACGGCGGUACUCCGCUCCGGUCCGAUCCGCGGGUGCGGAACGUCCAUCGUUAGCGCACGAUCGAUAGAGGCUCGAACCCGGAAUUACCGGACGCGUUCGUUAAUAACCGCGGAUGGUAGCCGGCUUCGGGAUCGACGAGUAGAGUAGAAGCACGCGGGGUCGCGUGCACGUGCCGAGUUCCACGAGUGUCCGUGCGCGAUGAUCUCUCGCGGAGGAUCGUUAGUGGUUGAUUAGCGCCAUGUCCCGCGAUGGACCAAUCAGCUGCUUGGUGAACCGCCGUGAGGCCUCGAAUCUGUCCACGGACGAAUGACAACAAAAGAGAUUGAUAGAAUCCAGCGAGCCCGAUUCUGCGGGAAUUUAUACUUUUUUCAUUGUGUUGCCGCCAAUAAUAGCGUCGUCGAGUAGCAGCGAAAGUCUCGGGGAAUAUGAAGAGAAGAAAUGCCGAGUGCGGCAAGCUUCGGAGGCCCUUGAAACGCAACAAGAUCACCGAAGGAAUCUACGGAAGCACUCUGCUUUAUCUGAAGUUUCUGCUAUUAUGGGCCAUGGUGAUUUUAGCAGACUUCAUUUUAGAAUUCCGCUUUGAGUUUUUAUGGCCAUUUUGGCUCCUUCUUCGAAGUGUGUAUGAUUCUUUUAAAUAUCAAGGCUUGGCCUUCUCUGUAUUUUUUAUUUGCAUUGCUCUCACUUCAGACAUGAUUUGUUUCUUUUUCAUCCCUAUACAUUGGCUAUUUUUUGCUGCCAGCACGUACGUUUGGGUACAGUACGUUUGGCACACAGAUAAAGGUGUGUGCCUACCAACUGUGAUGCUAUGGCUGCUAUUUCUCUACAUAGAAGCUGCAAUUCGGCUGAGAGAUUUACGCCAUAUGCCAUUUCACCUGGAUCUUUGUAGGCCAUUUGCAGCGCAUUGCAUUGGAUAUCCAGUAGUCACGUUAGGCUUUGGUUUCAAGAGCUAUGUAGGCUACAGAAUGAGACAGCGAAAACAAAAAGAUGUGGCAAAGGAAAAUGAGUUCUACUUGCAGUUAUUGCAACAAGCGCUGCCUGUUGAACAGCAAGCUGCAACCACGCAGCAGCUUCAACCCCAAGCACAACUUGUCAGUGCUUCUUUGGAACAACACACAAAAUCACAGCCUCAGAGGCCAAGUCCACAGUAUAAUGCAAGUCCAGAAAAAAGCAGAGGAGGUAAUGGAAGUAUAUCUGUGGAUACAAUUAUACAAAAUGGUAGUGUUCACAAUAAUCAAAGUGUAUCACAAGCACAAAGUGCUAUUACUAAGAACAGUCACAGAAAAUCCUUAGAUAAGGGUGAGAAGCAGGAGGAUCAACACAACUUUAAACACAAUACAGGAAAUACGUCACAGUUGGAAAAAAGUGACAAGAGGUUUUCGCACACAAAUGGAACCACAGUAUCGUCUAAUGAACUACAAUUUAUUGAGAGGAUUGGUUCUGUGAAUGACUUUGAUGUAAAUGAGGUAGAGAAAGACAAAUCCGUAAAAGGUGGAUGUUCUGGACAUAAUUCAGUAAAAGCACAAUCCAAUGGUGCAACCACUGGUAAAUGGAAUAAUGUCAAAGAAACCUCAAAUACAGUAAACAAUCAACGAGAACGGAAAGGUCGACAGACCAAAAUUGUUAUUGACACAUUAGCUGAACAACAAAAGCAACAGGAUGAAUACUGUCAAAGGUUACUGAUGUGUCGCAGGCUCGAGGCAGAUGUUAAACGCUUGAAAUCAGACUUACAAUCAAGCCGGCAAGUGGAGCAAGAGUUACGUUCGCAGAUUAAUACUUUGUUAAAUGGCGAACGCCAAGUAAAAGGUGACAUUCAGCAACUUCAACAUGAUAACGACCAAUUACAAAGCAAAUUGCAUGGUUUAGUAACAGCUCGUCAAUUAGACAAGCAAACUAUGUCAUCUUUAGAAAGACGAAUCGCGGAAGAAAGGAGGCAGCGGACUGCCUGUGAAGCUUCAUUAGCCUCUGAGAGGCGAGCACGUCGUGCUGCGGAGGAAGCCAGAUCCGCGGUUCCACCGCCGCCUCCACUUGUCAGGCAAGAAUGCACGGAUGCGUGCAAAUCUCGUAGAGCACAGUUGGAACAGGAUCUUAAAGCCCUACGUCGGGAAAUUAAAUUAAAAGAAGAUAGAUGUAUCAUUCUGGAGAAAGAUGCAUCUCACUGUAAGGAGAGCCAUGGGGAGACUGAAAUCUUGCUUGAAGCACUUAAUGUGUUGCAAGAUAAAAAUGCUCACUUGGAAAAUAGUCUUAGUGCAGAGACCCGAAUCAAGCUCGACCUUUUCUCAGCAUUCGGAGAAGCUAAGCGUCAGCUUGGCAUUAGAGAAAAUUUAAUUAAAUCGCAAGAAAAAGAAAUCGAGAUAUUAAAAGCAAAAAUCGCGCAAGAUUUAGCUGUGAUGCCUCAAGAGACGUUUAGUCCAGCUCCGACAUGUUCCACGUCGAAACUUCGUCUCAAUAAUGAAAUACGCGUUGGAAGAACCAAAAUGCGUGCAAACGAGAACUCAUGUCCAGGAUGCACUACUUCGAAUCUGGAUCCUAAUGCGACAGCGUACACGCCUAAAGGCUCCCUGGUAGCGUCUACGGAAGCGUAAGAGCCAUCACUCUCGCCAUGUCCAAACUCAUCUCCGAAGGGUGUAGACUACGAAAACGUGUUUCAUGGUUAUUUUUCAUGGAAAGAUUAGCACAAGAAAUAAUUCAGCGUUUUAACGAUCUUUCUAAAAAUGUGAAGAUAUUACACAAAUGCCGAUCGGACAUUCAUUGAUGUGAGUAUGGCAAUACUAAUAUAGGGCAGUGUUGUAGAAGCACUGCGAUUCCUGCAUGAUCGUUAAGUGCUGAUCGUCACGGUCUAUACCGACAAAUCCUCGAUUGGCUUCCAUGAGAAACUGCAUGAAGCAUGCUUCGAAUCGUGUCUAUUGCUCGAUCAAAACAGAAUAUUCUUAACUUGAUUCGUGGGCAUAUUAGACACAGGAUAUUAGGUAAAGAUGUGUAAAUCAGCGAUAUCUUGAGUGGUAAUGCUUACAUGCUGUGGGUAAAAUUGGUCUAAAACAAAGUCAAAGGGUCCCGUACUUGUUAAAGCUUGGUAAAUGUACACUUCGUAGAACAACUGACAUUCUAUACGUUUUGCGCAGGAGAAUAACUUAACGAUUUUCCAACCAAUUUUCUUUAAGUAUAUAACUCAACUAUUUUUUUUUAAUUUUUCUUAUAUUUACACAUAUUCAAAUUGAGUAAACGUGUUUGCAGACGUUUCACCAUAUGUUUGUUUAAAAUCCUUUAUACGUUGAAAGGUAAGCCUAUCAGCUUUGAGGUACAGUAGACUCUUCAUUAACCGGGUUCUUAAUAUCUGGUUUGCGGAUUAGCCGUACACCUUGCCGAUUGAAAUAUCCGGACUGUCGGCGAUUUUUAUUUGGGUUAUGGCAGAUAAGUUCGAAUAAAUAUAAACGCAUUGCGAUUGCUUUUGCAUUGUACGUGAUUUUCAAUUGUCCGGGCAUUGGUCCGGCAACCAUUUCCAGUCAUUACCUCGGAUGAUCGAGAGUCCACUGUAAAUCACAUUGUAAACGAUAUUUUUGGAGUUAACUAACGUGUGAAUUAAAUGUAAGAUUGUUCAAAUUUUUUUUAAACAAAGUCAAGACCGGGACUCGGUGACAGUGCUUGAAUGGCCCAUAGCAUAACGUCUAAACCUAUGAAGGCUUGUUAGGAACGUUGAUUCUUAUUCGAGUCUCAAUCCAAAGCUAGUCCAUCAUACAAACUUGUAUUUAAUAUCAUCAGCAAAUUAAGCCAUUUCAAGUCAUGCUAUUGUCAUACGAGAACAGCCGUUUGUAUGAGAAGUCAGCAAUCCAUUGCUAAUCACUUGAGAAGAGAACGAAGUAAAUAUUGGGACACCGAAUUUAUUUUGUACGAUAUAACUCUUGCUGGCUAUAUUUUUUUUUACAUUUGUAAGCAUAUUGCUCAAUUGGCCAUUCUAUUGUUUCGAUAUUCGUUAAUUGAGUUCAUCAGUUAUCAUUUGCAAAACUGCCAAUUUUUGCAGUACACUGUUUCAUUAUUUGGGAAUUAUUUCAAAUGAACACUCAAAAUAACAAAUGUAACAUAUGCUUCGCUAUCUCUUUUAUAUCCAAACCGGAAGCUUAAGGUAACAUACAUGAAGUAUGCACUUAAACAUUGUAGCGAAGUUCACAUGGUUUGAUUCGUUUUCAUGUCAGUUAUGAUAAGAAGUACAUUUAUAAAUUCCUUUACUAUUAACUGUAGACAUUUGCCAACCUAAUGUUUUAAGAAAAGGGUAAUGAAAAAUACUGAAGGCAUUGAACCCGUUAAAUCUCAUUGACCUUAUCUCAAAAUUAAUCAUUUCUGCAAGGAACUUGAAUAGCUCUCGACUAAAGGUGUCGAUACAUUAUAGUUCAGAAAGAAUUAUUCAUACCAUAUAAGAGUUUAUCAUUUAUAUAAGUGCGUUAUUCCUAUUCGAAUUUAAGAAAACUCUGAAAUUUCUUUUAAUUCGAGAUUGUUUGAAUCCUUUGUGAGUCUGACAUACGUUAUAAAAUGUAAUACGAGGUAGAUUUGAAAUUGCCUGGUUUUCGUUGGAAUUUGAUAGAAUAUAUUAAACGUUAUAACUAUGUUUCACGAUCGAAUAACGUAUUGUUUCAAAAAAUAAGUUACAUAAGAGGAUAAAUUAUCGGCAAAAAUGUCUGCAUUAAGCGUCACCGCCGUUCAUGAACGCGCCUUUUCAUUCUUGUAAAUAUUACACACUGUCAUGACAUUUCACUCCGUUGUAAACAAUUUUUUCAGAUAUUAUGGCUAACUAGUCAACCGAACAAUGUUUGUGAGCACAAAUAUGUCUAUUUUCUUAAUAUUUCAUAUGCCCAGAAUUAUAACGAUACAGAUUUGGCUGACCGAUGUAGUCCAAUUGAAUGUCGCUAUACAACGUCAUACACGAAUAUAAAGCUUUUCACUUAGUACAUAUAUGUAAUCACUUAUACAAAGACCAGUUUUUCUUCAUCAUCGGUUAGAAUAAAAAUAAUGUAGUAGACUUCAAAUUUUUUAACGAAACUGUUUAUUUGCGGGUUAGUAGAAAAAUAAUUUGGAUUGGUGAUGACAAAAUAACUUCAGUUGAGCUCAGAAUAUAUCGAUGCGUAGACAACCUAAAUGUUACUAAGUACUUAUUUGACAUUAACUGUGUUCGGAACGCUCAGUGAUUACUUUUGUUUUCACUAUAAGUAACUUUUCGCAAUUAUAUAUAAAUAUUUAUAUAAUAUUUUUAUUGUCCGAUUGCGGAACCAAGUCAUUCAUAUUACUCACUUUUCUAAGACAAAAUGUUAUUUUAUGUACAAUAGUCCUUUUCUAGGAAUAUUUUUGUUUUGAAUGAUAAUAUUUAAGGUGUUGUGAAAGGAUCUAUAUAUAUCGAAACGUCCAAAUAUCUAUAAAACUUUUCUCCAAACUGCGUGCACUGAAUCGUUUGAAACUU